CACCCCCUCUCUCUCCUUUUUCUCUCUCUUGGUCACACGGUUUGCCUCCGCGGCGCCUUUGCCCACGAAAAGACAACCAACCCGAGGGGCAGGGGAGGAGGAAAAGCGAGUCGCGAGUGCGCCCCCCUUCCCUUUUGCUCCAGUCGCCGCCGCCGCCGCCGCCUCGCCCGAGAUCCGCGCCGCGUCCCCGCCGCCGCGCCCGCACGCACGCCUGCUCGCCGAGGUGAGCGCCUCCCCCCACAGAUAGAGGUAUCGUCCCCAGCAUCGGGUUCCACGGAGAAUUGCUGAUCUGGAUACCUGAUCCAGUUGGAGCGGAUCGAGUGAUUGACUGUUUCAACAUCCCUCGGCUGCUGGAUUGUAAAUAUAAGAGGCUCGCUGGUUCCAGAGAUGAUGCCAUUGUGAGUGGAAAUGGAUUCUGCUAGAAGUUGGUUCCAGAAGUUCCAGCCGAGGGACAAAUCAAAGAGCCCAGCAGUGGCUGCCAGCCAUGGAAAGGAUCCGGGAAAGCCCCCGAUGGAUGACACUCCUUCUAGUGCGACGAAGCAGAGGGUUGCCGCUGCAAAACAGUACAUUGAGAACCAUUACAAGACCCAGAUGAAGUCCUUGCAAGAUAGGAAAGAGAGGCGCUGGAUGCUGGAGAGGAAAUUACAAGAUGCCGAAGUUCCUGUAGAAGAGCAAAAUAAUAUUCUAAAGCAUUUGGAGAAAAAGGAGACUGAAUACAUGCGUUUACAGAGACACAAGAUGGGAGUCGAAGAUUUUGAACUUUUGACAAUUAUUGGGAGAGGUGCAUUUGGGGAGGUGCGUCUUUGUAGAGAGAAGACCUCUAAGAAUGUAUAUGCAAUGAAAAAGCUUAAGAAAUCCGAAAUGCUUCGUAGGGGCCAGGUAGAACAUGUCAAAGCUGAAAGGAACCUUCUUGCAGAAGUUGAUAGUGCUUACAUAGUCAAGCUAUAUUAUUCUUUCCAAGACGAAGAGUUCUUGUAUCUCAUCAUGGAGUACCUUCCUGGGGGUGACAUGAUGACUUUGCUUAUGCGCAAGGACACGUUGACAGAAGACGAAUCCAUAUUUUAUAUUGCAGAAACCGUGCUUGCCAUAGAGUCUAUUCACAAGCACAACUACAUUCAUCGGGACAUCAAGCCAGAUAAUCUGUUGUUAGAUCUCAGUGGUCACCUGAAGCUUUCUGACUUUGGUUUGUGUAAACCUUUGGACAGUAGUAAUUUUCCAAAUUUGAAUGAGCCAGAUUAUACGUCUGGAAAAGGUACCAAGCCUUUGCCUGAUAAUACCAGUCGGUUAACCAACUCUUCUGCACCGAGGCGUACACAGCAGGAACAAUUGUCACAUUGGCAAAAGAACCGUCGAAUGUUGGCAUACUCAACGGUUGGUACGCCUGAUUAUAUUGCUCCAGAAGUUCUACUGAAGAAAGGAUAUGGAAUGGAGUGCGACUGGUGGUCCCUUGGUGCUAUCAUGUAUGAAAUGCUUGUUGGUUAUCCUCCAUUCUAUUCGGAGGAUCCAAUGUCAACCUGCAGAAAGAUUGUUAACUGGAGAAGUCACUUGAAAUUCCCUGAAGAGGCAAAGCUUUCUACUGAAGCUAAAGAUCUCAUCAGCAAGCUUUUGUGUAAUGUUGAACAGAGACUUGGAACAAAAGGAGCCCAUGAAAUAAAAGCACAUCCAUGGUUUAGAGGUGUUCAAUGGGAAAAGUUGUAUCAGAUGAAAGCUGCUUUCAUACCAGAAGUUAAUGGCGAGUUGGAUACUCAGAAUUUUGAGAAAUUUGAGGAGACUGGAACUCAAAUUCAAAGUUCAUCCAAGUCGGGCCCGUGGAGAAAGAUGCUUCCAUCCAAGGAUGCAAACUUUGUUGGAUAUACGUACAAGAACUUUGAAAUUGUGAAUGAUGAUGAAGUUGCAGGAAUUGCAGAGUUGAAGAAAAAGAGUUCCAAACCAAAGCGGCCAACCAUCAAGACAUUGUUUGAGAGCAUGGAUGAAGAAGAAUCUGUUGAAGGAAGUUUCUUGAAUAUGUUGCCCCAGGAGGGACAACCUUCGUCUCACUCCAGCAUUCCACCAGAACAAUACCAACCUCGACGUAAAUAGGAUAUGGAGGUUUUAAAAAAGUAAACCAUAGGAAUGUAAACCAAGAAAAAAAUCUGCUGCCUUUUGAUCGUGCUCCCUGCCCAAGUUUUUGUAAAUUCUAACCGAUGCUUUCUUUAGUCAAAUGCUUAGAACAAAAAAAAAAAAAAAAAUCUCUCCGUCCAAAUAUUAUGGCAUUUGAUGUGAUGCGAGCAGCAAUGUUUGUUCGCUGUAUGUUGUGUUACACUUCCAGUGAUGAUUCUCAAGCAAUCAAGCUUACUCGUUACAAAGUAAGGCACAAAGCUCUGACGAGCGUGUGUAUCACAACUAAAUUCAUACCUGUUUUCUGUGACCUUUGUAUGAGCUUAGAUAAAUUACAACAUUCUGACUAAAAUGCCCAUGACGUGAAAAUAGGCGAUAGUGAGCUGUUCAUAUUUUGUUGUGGGCAACCGGCAAUGCUUUACCAUCAUCAUGUUUUGCAAUUUGGUUA